GAUUAUUCUCAGUGUUGUCAAAGUGUGAAAACAAAGUAGAUUUUUUUUCCAAAAAAUAAAAUGGAAAUAGUGAUUUAAUGAUGACAGAAAAAGAUUAUUUCAUUUUACCAAUGACAUCAAAUAAUAAUAUGACGAAUAUGUUCCGUCCGUCGUUUCGUAAUUUUUUUAUAUUUUUUAUAAUUUAUAUAAUUGGAUUUUCAUUUUUAGUAGUGUACUUAGAGCAAAGUAAAUGGGAUAGCACCGAAAAAACAUUGAAUGAUCUAGCUAAAACAGUGAAAGAACAAAAUGAACUAAUAGAACAAAUAUAUCAAUUUAAUGAUAGAUUAAUAAAUGAUGUUAAUAGUAAAAAAAAGACAAUUAAUAAGAAUUUACCAACAAUAUUCGCCAUUACACCUACGUUUGCUAGACCGGUGCAAAAAGCUGAACUCACACGACUUGCACAAGCAUUUUUUCAAAUGCCUAAUUUUCAUUGGAUUGUGGUUGAAGAUUCAGCAACGAGGACCAAUUUGGUGACUAAUUUCCUCUGGGAAAGCGGAUUGAAUUAUCAGCAUUUGAAUGUGAUCACACCUUCCAAUUAUAAAUUAGGAAUAAAUGAUCCUCAUUGGAAAAAACCGCGUGGUGUUGCACAAAGAAAUGCUGCUCUGAAUUGGUUAAGAAACAAUUACAAUACUAGUACAAAUGGUAUUGUUUACUUUGCGGAUGACGAUAAUACCUACUCUAUAAAAUUGUUUAAAGAGAUGGAGAAGAUAAAAGUGGUUGGAGUUUGGCCUGUAGGUUUAGUAGGCGGAUUAAUGGUUGAACGGCCGAUUUGUGAUAAUACAACAAACAAAGUUAUUGGAUUUAAUUCAGUUUGGAAACCUGAACGGCUGUUUCCAUUAGACAUGGCUGGAUUUGCGGUAAAUCUCAAGAUAUUACUAGAAAAAAAAGAUACAGUAUUUUCUUUUCACGCCAAGCCUGGUUAUCAAGAGUCAGAAUUUCUUAAGCAGCUGGUUACACGGGAUCAACUGGAACCAUUGGCUGAUUGCUGCACAAAAGUUUAUGUUUGGCACACAAGAACUGAAUCCCCACCACUACGUGAUGAACAACGUUUAAUAAAAAUGGGAAAAAAAUCUAAUGACAAUAUUGAAAUAUAAUUAUACUCUUCUCAAUUUGUAAAUAAUCCAUUAUGUAUGUUUAUUUAUUUAUCGAUCUAUGCUAAAUGAUAAUUUAUGUUCGGUGUUUUGUAUAAGUUUUCUCCAAAGUUAUACUUCAAAAUUCUGUAAUAAUAUAAAGAGCCAGUUGAUUUAAAUUUGUAAUAUAGUGACGUGAUACUCAAAUCAGA